AUGUCGACACCGCUCCAGUGUAGAAACCGGAUAGAGGCAGGUGAAAGAAUCAACAUCACGAUUACGCAUUAUACAUCUUUCUAUAUAAAGAAGGUAGUCAACCGAUUUGACCUUGAGAGUAAGCUGAUUAAGUUAACCAACAGUACUAUUACACGCCCUUCAAACACAUCAGAAAUUGAAAUAGCCAUCGAGACACACUCUUCAGCUUUAGAGCUUCCAGGGAAGAUCGUUAUGCUGGAUUUCGAGUCCAAUUGUUUUCGUGUUAAACAAAGAGAGUUUGAAUAUAAUAGAAAUGCUUACCGGUUGAAACUAGUAUCGAAAUUAUUAUUGUGUCCAAGAGUUAAACUUUCAAACGACCGGUUUGAAAUUGACGAAAGUUCACGAAGAAUGACGUUACUUCCGCACGGACCGGUGCUUCCCUUUGGUAAUUACGAAAUCUUAGCAAACAGCACAGUAUCUGUUUGUGUUGAAGACUUUGUCGCAAUGAUGGACGGUAGAACUUUUGAGAAAGAGGACCAGAAUUUAUUGUCGACAAUUCUUAGUAUAGUCUCGUUUGUGUUCACAUGUCUAUCACUGCUCUGUCUCGUCAUUACUUUCUUGACGUACUGUUUCUUUCCUGAACUUCGAACCUUACCUGGUAAAAACAACAUGUGUCUUAUAUUUUCUCUCUUUGUCUCUCAAUGUCUGACACAGUUUGGUAUGAUGCGCACUGAACAUACCGUCCCGUGUAUGAUCAUAGCCGUAUUUCUUCAUUUCUUCUGGUUGUCGGCUUUCUUCAGUAUGAAUAUCUGCUCCUUCCACAUGUUCAGGGUGUUUGUUUUUCCGUUGAAGGAGGCGAGGCGAAAUCACAGAUGGACUUGCUUUUGGUAUAUAUGUUACGUGUUUGGAAUGUCGGCUUUGAUUGUGAUCGUUUACAUAUCAUUGUCUGUGGUUGUGUUUGAAAGUGAUAACCUUGGGUACACAGGCAAUGGUAAAUGUUUCCUCUCGUCUUUUGAAUCAGUAAUUGUUACAUUCAUAUCGCCUGUAGUGGUGGUUUGUGUUUCAAAUGUUAUCUUUUUUGCUGUUGUUGCUUUCAAAAUUUCGACAGCACCAAAGGUUCCGUCGAACAAAAGCAUUCGACAGGAGUUUCCCCUUUACGUAAAAUUGUUUGUCCUUACUGGUGCGACGUGGAUUUUGCAGAUCUUGGACGCUUUUAUGCCUUUAUCAGUGUUCUCCAUUAUCUCCGGUAUUUUGAAUUCAUCUCAAGGUAUUUUUAUCUUUUUAUCCUACUCGACCAAUGGACGUGUUCGCAAAUUCUACAAAGAAAGAUUAUCUAGUACCAGAUCAACUAGUAUCUCAAAUAAAAGAGAAUUUUCUGCAAUACCAAAAACUACUAGUUGUCAGAAUGAUGAAAAAACGGUCACGGACUCAAGUUUAUGA